ACCUACAUUCUCCUCACCACUCAUCCCCAUUCCCCUUCUCCUUCUUUCUCUCUCCCAACUCAAUUUGCCAAAAAUGCCAACCUCCACUUCACUCUCUUCCCUCCUCUUCCUCUUCUCUCUCCUCACCCCAACCCUCAUUUCCUCUUCCCAUCUUCAGGACCCUGAAUUGGUUGUCCAAGAAGUAAAUAGUAAAAUCAAUGCCUCAGUGGCUAGGAGGAAUUUGGGCUACCUAUCAUGUGGGAGUGGAAACCCCAUUGAUGAUUGCUGGAGGUGUGACCCAAACUGGGAGAAGAACAGGCAGAGGCUAGCAGACUGUGCAAUUGGCUUCGGCAAGAACGCCAUUGGUGGAAGGAACGGUAAGAUAUACGUGGUCACCGACUCCGGCGACGACAACGCCGUCACUCCGAAGCCAGGGACAUUGCGGUACGCGGUGAUCCAGGAUGAGCCACUAUGGAUCAUCUUCGCCAGAGACAUGGUGAUUCAGCUGAAGGAGGAGCUGAUCAUGAACUCGUUCAAGACCAUUGAUGGAAGAGGAGCGAGUGUGCACAUCGCUGGUGGGCCCUGCAUCACGGUUCAGUAUGUGACCAACAUCAUCAUCCAUGGGAUACACAUACAUGAUUGCAAGCAGGGAGGGAAUGCUAUGGUGAGGGACUCCCCAAAGCACUUUGGGUGGAGGACUGUAUCGGACGGUGAUGGUGUGUCCAUCUUUGGUGGGAGCCAUGUCUGGGUGGACCAUUGCUCUUUGUCUAACUGUAAUGAUGGGUUGAUCGACGCCAUCCAUGGUUCCACGGCGAUUACCAUCUCUAACAAUUACAUGACGCACCAUGAUAAGGUCAUGCUGCUGGGCCACAGCGAUAGUUACACCCAAGACAAGAACAUGCAGGUCACCAUUGCUUUUAACCACUUUGGUGAAGGUCUUGUUCAAAGAAUGCCAAGGUGCAGGCAUGGAUAUUUUCAUGUGGUGAACAAUGACUAUACCCACUGGGAAAUGUAUGCUAUUGGAGGAAGUGCUAACCCCACCAUCAAUAGCCAAGGCAAUAGGUUUGUUGCACCUAAUGACAGAUUCAGCAAAGAGGUGACAAAGCAUGAGGAUGCACCAGAGAGUGAGUGGAAGGGGUGGAAUUGGAGAUCAGAAGGGGAUUUGUUGUUAAACGGUGCGUUUUUCACAGCAACUGGAGCUGGAGCCUCUGGUAGCUAUGCAAGAGCUUCAAGCCUGAGUGCAAGACCAUCAACCCUAGUGGGUACUAUAACCACUGGUGCUGGUGCACUCAACUGUAGAAAAGGUUCUCAUUGCUAGCUAUAGAUUAUUAAUUAUGACCCCUCGAGCAAAUGACUCUGCAGGCUGGUCUAUAUUAGUUCCAAGAAAGGUGUGAAAGAAAAUAUAUGUAAUUGAAGAAAUUGGAAGGACCCCAUAGUCUAUAGACUAUGGUCAUUUUCUUAACAUUGUUUUCUACGUUUUGUCCUUUUUUUUAAAACUUUUGCUUGGGUGUUCAGAUUUGUUCUGCUUUUUACCAUGAUUACUUACAACCUCUGUCUGUUAAAAUCUUGGAACCAAAUCUGAGAAUCUGGUCAAAGAGAAAGCAUGCUAGUUCAAGAGUUGAUAUAUGUGUAAAAUUUGCAAAUUUCAAUGCAGAACCUUCUUUCUUUCUCUCCA